AUGGCCUACGCCAACCCAGCUCCCGUCCCACAGUGGAGCGGGGCCUCUGGAGCACGGACGUGGCCUACGCCAACCCAGCUCCCGUCCCAGGGCGGAGCAGGGCCUCCGGAGGCAGACGUGGCCUAUGCCAAACUAGCCUGGAGCCUGCUCCAUCUUCUCCAGCUGGAUCACAUUGUCUCCUUCCUGCCAGUGCGGGACGCGGUGGCCCUGGGCCAGACGUGCCGCUACCUGCGCCAGGCGUGCGACAGCGAGGGCGUCUGGCGCCGGGUCUGCCGCCGGCUCUGCCCCCGGCUCCGCCAGGAGGACACCAAGGGCCUGUACUUCCAGACCUUCGGGGGCCGCCGGCGCUACCUGAGCAAGUCAGUGGCCCCGCUGCUGUCCCACGGCUACCGCAAGUUCCUGCCCACCAAGGAGCACGUCUUCGUCCUGGACCACGGUGGGACCCUCUUCUUCCUCCGCAACGCGCUGGUCUCCUCGGCCCCGGGCCACCUCCAGUGGAAACGGGCCUGCCGCUGCGUGGUGCUGUGCCGGAGCGCCAAGGACUUCACCACGGACCCCCGGAGCGACGCCGGGUACCGGAAGUACGUGUACGUGCUGGCAGCGCGGGAGUCGGCAGCGGGCGCCGGGCGGGUGUGCGACUGCGUGGAGGUCUAUCUCCAGUCCAGCGGGCAGCGGGUCUUCAAGAUGACGUUCCACGCCGCCAUGCGGUUCCGGCAGCUGGUGCUGGUGGGGCAGGAGACAGAGCGGGCACUGUUGCUGCUGACAGAGGAAGGAAAGAUUUACAGCCUCCUGGUGAACGAGACACAGCUGGACCAGCCGCGCUCCUACACGGUGCAGCUCGCCCUGCGCAAGGUGUCCCGGUGCCUGCCCCACCUCGCCGUGCGGGCCAUGACCUCCAACCAGAGCAGCGCCGCCUUCCUCACAGACAAGGGGGCUGUGUAUUUCGAGGUCCACGCGCCUGGCGUCUAUCGCGACCUCUUCGGGACCCUUCACGCCUUCGACCCCCUGGAUCUGCAGAUGCCGCUGGCCCUGGGCCUGCCUGCCAAGGUCGUGUCCUGUGCCCUCGGCUACAACCACCUGGGGCUGCUGGAUGAGUUCGGGCGGCUCUUCAUGCAGGGCAGCAACCGGUACGGGCAGCUCGGCACCGGGGACAAGAUCGACCGCGGGGAGCCCACGCUGGUUCAAGGCCUCAAGUGCCCCCUGGACGUCUGGUGCGGCCUGAAUCACUCGCUGGCCCUGCUGUGUUGCCGGGAGCUGGGCCAGGCCGUGCUGGGCUGCGGCUGUGGGGCCGGGGGGCGACUGCCCGGCUGGCCCAAGGGCAGCGCCACCUUCGUCAAGCUGCAGGUCAAGGUCCCGCUCUGCGCCAGCCGCCUCUGCUCCACCCGCGAGUGCCUCUACCUGCUGUCCAGCCACGACAUCGAGGGGGGGCCAGCGUACCGCGAGCUGCCCCCCAGCCGAGCGCCCCCCCCGCCGGAGAGCCCGGGGGCCCAGGCGUGCGAGCAGUACCUCAGCCAGCUGCAGGGCUGCCCCACGCUGGCCGGGCGGCUGGCCAAGGUGAGGGAGGCCGUGGGGGCCCUGCCCCUGCCCCCCUGCCAGAAGGACUUCCUGUGGGAGGCGCUGGAGCUCAUCCGGCGCUCGGCCCCGCCCCACAGCCCCCCGGCCUGCAGCUAG